AUGGCGCCGACUAGAUACACGCAGGGACACCAACCGACCGAAGGUCCAGCUGGAGACGGGCAUGCACUGGCUGCAAGAGAUUCUGACAGCGUAGUGCAGGGCUACGGCGCCAGCUCCUACGAUGAUGGCCACUACCAGUCAUCCAGCUACAAUGCUGGGGAUAAUGGGCAGAAGGGGGCAGAUGAUGGUUCCUACACUGCCAAGACGGGUAGCACCACACGACAGGACUCGUCACUAGAUACUGCUGAGCAGGCCAGCAAGGGAAGCCAACAGGCUUCAGGAUACCAGCAGGAUCAACAGAACACUGGCUCUCAAAGCUACGGCUCUCAAUACAGUGGAUCCCAGUACGGCAGCUCGCGGGACACCGGUUCUCAGAACACUGGCACUUACAGCGGCUCUCAGUAUAGCGGAUCUCAGAACACCAACUCGCAGAACAGCGGGUCGCAAAACACUGGCUCCCAGAGCAGUGGUUCUCAGAGCGGGUCCGAUAGCGGAUCUCAAAGCGGAUGGCAAAGCGGCUCCCACAAUACUGGCUCGUACCAGCAGAAUUCCAACGCCCAGAAUGCCGGUCAGGAAAAAAGCCAACAAGGGGCGUCCAACAGUGGCUAUUCCCAGUCAGGACAGGCCAUUUCGGCGCAGCAACAAGCGCACUCUGACACGGCCAACACCAAUAGUCAACAGCAAAGCUCCUGGUCGCAGCAGAACGCAAAGGACUCCCAGUCUCAGCCAAGCCAGCAAAACCCGUCGAACGCCAACCAUGAACAGUCUUCCUACAACAACAACCAAGCUGUGAAAUCGAGCCACGAGCAACAAGACAACGCCGCGGACUUGUCGGACGAGCACCGGACAGAAAAGACACAAAAAAACGAGGCCCACAACCUAUCCAAUCACCAUGCUACCCCGGCUGAAACCGUGCAAACAGCUCAGCAACCCACACCUACGCUUCCCACGGUGACCACGGUGACCAUGCACCCAACAUCGAGCUUCACAACCUCGGCGGCUACAACGGCGAGCACCCAUACUACUUUGCCUAGCACCACGUCCACAUCCUCGGCCACAUCAUCGCCGACACCUGCCGCAGCGAAAGACUCGGACGAUGGGUCAUAUCACAAAGCAACUGGGGCACUUGCUGGUCUUCUUGGUGUUGCACUUGUCGCAGGAUUUGUGAUCUUCUGGAUCGCCAGGAGAAAGCGACAGCAGAAGCGCGAAGCGCAUCGAUCUAAGAUGGUCCAUGAUGCCUUCCGCCAAUCCCAUGUCGACAGCAAGCAGCGUAGUGCGCCAUUCUGCACCAACUUCCUCGGGACCGCUGUUGGGACUGGUGUGAGCGCGCUGAGCGCGGUUCGCCGCUCCCUCGCCAUGCCAAAGCUUAACCAUCACCAGCAAUCGGAGAAGGAACCCAUGCCGGAGCAGGGCCAUAUCCACCAUCCCUGCGACGAUGGUAUCUACGUCCGUGGCGUUGAUGUAGAAGACAGAUCCGGUCAAGACUCUGAUCGGAAUGACUCUAUUGCGGCAGAGAAAGCGGCUAACAACGAGUCUACUCCGACCCUCGUUGUGUCGCCAAGCGAAAGCAUGGCACGAGAUCAAACCCCAACCGUUCGGCGCGUGGUAUCUGGUCGGCCUCAGAUGGAAAGCUCCGAAUCAAUUGAACCGAAGUCCGGACUCUCGCACAACACUCAGGAGAGCGAGGCGGAGCCAAGUGAAAAAGCCCAGGAAACCAGCCCUAGUACCCCCUCUUCGCCCCCGUCCAAUGGAGUUGCAGACAAUGCAGCCCAAGAAAAUGGACACUCUCCGCGCACUGGCAAUGGGCAGAACCUGUUGGCAAUUACCAGUAUGGUACCGUCUUCCUCCAGCAUCUAUCGGGUUGAGAUUGCGUUCCAACCGAAGAAGGUCGGACAACUGGAUCUCCGUGAAGGCCAAUCUAUUAUCAUCCGUCAAUCUUUUGACGAUGGAUGGGUUCUCUGUAUCCCGGCAAUUGGUGGCCAAGAAGGUCUGGCACCUCGUGCCUGUCUGUCACCAUGGCCCAUCAAGAAUGCCUCGUCGACCAGCUCUUCUAAUUACAAUCUGAGCGAUGGGUCACAGACACCAGAGUCUCCCAGCAUACCCGGGACACCACGGUUCUACUCGCACUUCUACUCUGCUAGGAGUGUAACUCAAUGA